GAGGCAAGGAGCGCUGUGGCUGUCGUACUACGUCUGUGCAUCUGACGUCGCUCGCUUCUCUUCGCAUUGUUGUGGCUGUCAUUCGUCGCUCUUUCGAUUUCCUUCGCCCUCGAUUCAACCUUCAAACCCGCAACCCGAAAAACUAUCUGGUCGAAUCGUGCCUUAGACGGUUUCUGCUCUCGACGAUUUAAUCCGACGAAUAUCUCCAAUGUCUCAACAUGUGUGAUUUGCGACCGAUCAUCUUCGAUACUACCGAUUUCGUUGCUGUCGCCUUUUCUGUCCGAUAGAGGACAAGCGUGCGUUACAGGCACAGCCUGUCCUCCCUUUCGAUCCAGGCGUGUCUUUUGACCACCUGACGAUAUUCAACGAUGGAUCCUCCACACAUUACUGAAUUCGCCUCGCAGCGAUAUUUUGAGAAGCUCAGGCAGAUAAGCGAGUCGAAAGAGCAGCCUCAAGAUGCUGUUGCCGAUGGCGUCGUGGCCGAGUCGUCCACCUUCAUAUUGCCCAUUGGAAAGGCAAAGUCAAUUGAUCAGACCUCUCACGAUAUCCAGAAAUCAGAGAAACGCCGAGCAAAUUUCAGCUUCAGAACAAUCUUACCAACGCGCAGCUCCGUUGAUCACGAUAGCCGGAGGUUGUCCGUCGAAUCUGCAAAGAAGAAGGCUACGCCUUUUGACCAAUUAUUCUUGGCACUCCCCAAUGAGCUGAAGAUUCAGAUCAUUGCUUCCUUACCCCUAUCUGAUAUUCUAAACCUUCGUCUAGCGUCACGGUCGUGGCACGCGAUGAUCACAGUCAACGAAUUCCCGAUUGCGCGAUAUCACUUACAACAUCACGUACCGGCUUAUGCGAAACGAUUAUAUCCGGCGCCCGAUCCGACUUCCAUACGACUUCAUUACCUCUGUGGAAUAUGGCAUCGGCUACAUGUUGCCUCGAAACUCUCAUAUUUAAUAUCCGAGAGGGUGACGAAGGAAAUAUUUCUUAGAAAUACCGAGUCUCAACGUCUCGAAUUCGAACCGCAAUACGAGCGGAUGCGCCGCCGGCUAAUACCACUACUCUUCACGAUAUUUCAUUUCUUCGAAACUUACCGGACGUUACAUAUCGAAUAUAUCAAAGAGCACGGAUAUGGCUUAUCACGCGCGCCUUAUACUAUCAACCCUAUCGAAGCUAAGAUCAUGAGCAUGUACGAUGAUCAGACAUUAUUACGCGUUCACCAGGUGUUCCCCCUGGUUGUAUCCUCUUUCUGUCGACGACUUCGGCCUCCCUCGUACGUUGGUCGACUAGAGCGUUCUCUCAGAGGUUAUCUGAAGGAUAGGCCCCCUGACGAAGUAUUCGUAACGGCCAUGUGCGUUGGUGGUCUUCGACAAGUAGAAAGAUUUUGGGAGAUUAAGGGAUAUAAUUCGAGAAGAGGAGCCGUGGAUUCAUGGUAUAAUUCGGUCAUGAAGGAGCCCCCACUUAUGGAGCCAGCGACGAAAACGCGACGGGGUUUUAUGGGCAUUACCCGGAAAAAGUCGAGCGCGGGCGAAGAGCAAUUCACGAAAUUUGGAGAGGCCCAUGCGGGUGGUCGCGGGCGGCAAGGCUCAGAGUCGGGUCGAAGGGGCAGCGAUGUAUCGAUGGUGAACUCGUGGGAAAGUUUGGUGUUCCAUAGCAGCCUGGGCGAGGGCAUGCCGAUGAGAGAACUAUCACGAGAACAGCUUAGGAUACUGGUCCCUGAUUUACCCACAUUACAACAAUUAUGGCUUCCGACGGCCGAAGCCCUCAUACUCGACCGGGGGAUCGUCGUGCGACCUCAGGACAUCAAGCGCAACGCGCAAGUCAUGCUGGAGCUGAUCCGCGAGGAUGGCGCUGCUGAAGAGGACGAAUGGUGGUACGGACGGGCAGCACCGGCUUCGGUCCGGCCACCCCUCGAAGCUAUCGAGGAAGAUCCUAUCGAAUAAUUAUAUGCUGCUACUUUUACCUACGAGGAGACGGUGGGGUUUAGUCGAUUGAUACCAUGCAUGGGCGUCUUAGAAGAUAUCCGCGGGUGGGCUUAGCCAUUGUCUAGCCAUGUCAUAUCAUAUCCCAUAUAUCAUGAGCAUUUGCAAGGCGUUUAUACAAGGGCGGGAUCUUUUUUUACUAUUUACUGUCAAAUCGUUUACUUAUUCUUCUAUUUUUCGACCAGGGAGACGGGAUUAUUAUUUUUCUCUCAUAACCCUCUCUUCACGGAUAGGGAAGGGGGGAAAGGGAAAGAGGAGCUCGGGCGAAAUUAUAGGAGUUGGAACAUAUUCGAGAAAGCCUCUUUUUUAUUUAUAUUUUAUCUUUAGUCUGGUUUUUUUUUUUACCAGACGUGGAGGAGA